AUGUUUGAUUCUUUGAGAUUUUCACCUCUGAAACUCAACAGAUUCUCCACCAUCUCAUUAGCAUUGAUCAUCUUCUUGAUCAUAUUCUUUUCAAACGGCGGCAUCGUUUCGAAUCAUUUGCUCCGAUUCGACACGAAUGGAAAUGUAAAAGACCGAGUUCGAAACCAGUUGCUCAUUCUCCAGACAGAAGCUACUCGGCUCAGGAUAACAACGGAAGAACAUUAUGCACUUAAUAACAAGAAUCCUCGAGAGUUGGAUUUGUUAUUAGCAACACCCUAUUAUUAUUCGGCAUCGGCUUUUGAUUCAAGAGUUACAAGAUUCUUCGACAGUAACAAAUGCGAAACUCGGGUUUUCAUGACAUGGUUCUCGCGCGUGGAUAUGUUUGGAGAAAGGGAGUUUUUCACCGUAGAGAGCUUACUCCAAACAAAUCCGAAGGCCUGUUUGGUUAUUCUAUCGAGGACUAUGGAUUCCGAAAAGGGAAAAGAUAUUCUAAACCCGUUGAUUGGUCUCGGUUUUCACGUUCGAGCAAUGAGUCCCGAUUUUGGAGCCUUGCUGAAAAACACCCCUGCGGAAAAUUGGCUCGUCGAGCUCAAAACCGGGAAAAGGGAGCCCGGGAAAAUCCCGUUAGCACAAAACCUUUCGAAUUUGAUCCGGCUCGCGGCUUUGUAUAAAUACGGAGGAGUUUAUAUGGAUACCGAUUUUAUAGUCCUUAAGGAUAUUUCGGGUUUGAAGAACUCAAUCGGUGCCCAAAGUGUGGAUUUGAGUGGAAAAUGGACAAGAUUGAACAAUGCAUUUCUUGUUUUUGAGAAAAAACACUUUCUUUUACACAAGUUUAUUGAGGAUUUUGGCUUGAGCUUUGAUGGGAAUAUAUGGGGCUACAAUGGUCCAUACUUGGUCUCCAGAGUGGUUAAUGGUUUGGUAGAAACAGGGGAGGAGGAGCAUAAUUUUACCGUUCUGCCCCCGGAGGCUUUUUACCCGGUUUAUUGGAACCGAGUCGCGGGUUUUUUCACCCGGCCCGAAGGCUCGAGUGGUGCUAAAUGGGCCAGGGCGCAGGCUCGGAAGCUAAACCGGUCGAGCUAUGCCGUGCAUUUGUGGAACAGUCAGAGCAGAAGAUUGGAAAUCGAGGAAGGGAGUAUUGUAGAUAGUUUGAUUUCUUCUCAUUGUAUUUUAAGUUGCAAAAAUAAUGCUUCAAAUAUUGAAGGCGAGAUUGCAGGCCACCAUCCUAUCGCCGUCACAGUAGACUCCAGCGAAAUUGCAGGGACUGCAGUGAAAAUAUCAAUAGGAGAAGUAAUUCAAUCUGGGCUUAUCGAAGAGAUCUAUCGCCGUCGCAAUAAACUCCGGCGAAAUUGCAGGGACGACGGUGAAAAUCCCAAGAGGAGAAGUAAUUUGAUUCGGGCAGAUCGGAGAGGCCCUUUCAAAUCGAUUGGAGCGCGAGGAAGUCGAUCGGGUCGACCAUCACUGCGCGAGGAGCAGAAAUCCGGCGAAAAGUACGAACAUAUACUGUACAUAUACUGA